CUAACUAGGGCUAUGUCUACCCAGAUGGAAGUCUCAAAAAACCGACCAAUCCGCGAUGCGAGACGGCCACUGUCGCGGGGAUGAAAUACCACGACGGGGCAACGCACUCCCUUUUUUGUACAGCACUUGAUGGUAGACGACAUCCCCCUACCCCACCUACCAUUCUUUAAUCUAACAACUUGUGGGGGGGUGGGUCCUGCCCACCGCCCUCCGUUUUCGCUCACUCGAAGCUCAUUCCGCUACAUCUGCAGCCUUCGCAUUAUACCCCUGGCGGAGUAGUACCCCCUGCUUUUCGUCAUACGUUCCUUCCACGAGUCACCCCUAUCAACGAUUCAGUUCCCGAUCGCCGCGACGACGACACGGUACACGACACAUGGGCUUUACAUCAAUUAAACAAAAAAAAAACAUUGGAUUUACGAACUCAUUCAAUUAUUCUCUCCUUCGCGUCCUCUGUUAUGAUCACCGGAUCGCGCGGAUUUCCAACCACUCGUUACCCCCUAGUUCCGUGAAAUAAGUGAAUAAUAUUUUUGAAAAUCGUGUAACAAUACAUUGUGAUAUAUAUCAGAUUUUUUUUUCUGAUGUUCGACUUUGACUGUUGCGACGCUGAUAUUGAGCUAGAAUUGUGAAAGAAUGUUUUGUUGAUCGUUCUGAAUGAAGAUAUUCCUCGAAUUUAUAACGAAAACUCUGCAUUAUGGUAAAUUAUCCAGUGGAUCAGUGGAAAAAAAAGAAGUGUUUAUUCUCAAAGAGUGAAAAGAAAAGGAGUGCGAAGGGUUGAAGGGUGAAGAACAAAUAUUCAAGAAGACUGAAGGUUCAGUACCUGCAAUACGAUACGAGGACUUUUCAGUGUGACCAUAAUUUCACGUAAUUGGCUUGCGUGGGUGUUGAGGCUGCCGUCGUCAAAUGAAAAACAUUUCUAUCUCCGUGGAAAUGAUAUUCUAAUGAAUUUUCAACGUCGAAUGAUUCGAUACUGAAGGGCCUCCAAUGUCUAUUGAAUUAAGCACAAUUCUAAAAUAUAAAGCGCAGUAAAUUUGGAAGUAUGAAAGAAAAAACUUGAAGCUGGUGGAGACUGAGAACCCCGAACCGUCGGAUGGUAAUACGAGAAAGAGCUCAAGUAUUCUCAUCCACAGGCCGUCGCUGUAAACAACACAAUAGAGAACUCUUGAUGUUGAUGUACAAGGCACUAUUUAGUUAGAGAGACAAUCAUUUUCAGCCAUUUCCCUGUCAUUUACAGUGAAACAAAUAUUUACAUUCCGCUGAUGAACGUAAACAAGGAUUUUUAUUUCUUAAAAACAGAACACUGUAGAUGCAAAUGUUGAGAAAAAUCUCUGGAUGACAACCAGAUGAAAGAGUGAUGGCAAUGAGAUAUUAAAUAGCUCCAAAGAAAAUUUAAAAAAAAAUAACCGAAGAUGCCGCAGCGAUCGCCUUUCGCCAUUCAGGAGCUACUGGGUCUGAAUGGUACAGGUAAUUCAAGUAGUACAGAUCGAGGAUCACCCCAGAGUUCACCACCAGUGGGUGUAUCAGCUGUCUCUUACGCACCAACAACACCACAUCAUAAAAUAUGGGACUACAUGCCAAGUUUAACCAAUCAUCUUGGCAACUUGGGAAAUCUUGGCAACUUAACUGCCUCAAGGAUGGCCUACUUGAAUGCCCAAGCAGCUGUCGCUGCUGCAUUCUUACCACCUCCACAUCCCCAUCCGGCUCAUCAUGUUGCCCAUCACCAGGUGCAUCAGGCUGGUCAAUUACCAUCAUCACCCGGAAUCAACGUACAUCCAGCAACUGCUCAUGCGCAACACGUAUUACCAGGUGCUGCUGCAUCUUCCAAUCAUCAUCAGCACAGUCCAACUCAUCAGCACUCAUCCAACCAUGGUUUCUCACAGUCCAAGAGCACCUUCUCGACGGGGUCUGGUAUCGGCCACAAUAUCGAAGCUGGAAAAGAUUUCACGGUAGAUGGAUUAUCGGGUUUCAGCAAAAAGAAAAAAAAGAAACGUCGUCAUAGCUCCAGGACGAUCUUCACGUCUCAACAGCUGGAGGAGCUGGAAGCGGCAUUCAAAGAGGCUCAUUAUCCCGACGUUUAUGCCCGUGAGAUGCUCAGCCUGAGGACGGAUCUCCCCGAAGACAGAAUACAGGUAUGGUUCCAGAAUCGACGAGCGAAGUGGCGUAAAACUGAGAAGUGCUGGGGUAGGAGUACCAUAAUGGCGGAGUACGGUUUAUAUGGUGCAAUGGUACGGCACUCUCUACCACUUCCAGAAACAAUUCUCAAGAGUGCAAAAGAGAAUGAGUCAGUUGCACCAUGGUUACUCGCGCAAUCGUCUAAGACAAGCGGCUUUAGUCAAGAUUUCGAAACUAAUCAAGAAAUGAUUGACUGUGGCCCCGUAGGGAUGCACCGAAAGUCGAUCGAAGCAGCGGAGCAUCUUAAAUCUGGUGGGGAAGAUAGUGGUAACGAUCACGCUGGUAGCAGUGGUAGUCCACAUCACAAUCAUCAUCAGGGUGGGCCGACCAGUUCAGAGAGUGGACAGGAAAGUCAAGACGGAAUGGGCAGCGCAUCGACAGGUGUUGUUCAAGACACAGAACAGUUGAGAAACGAGAGUAUCGCAUGUCUGCGAGCGAAGGCCCAACAACAUCAACUGCAGUUGAGCCUCCAACCGACAUCAUCCUCAACAGCGAAUGCUGGUACCUCCGCACCCGGAAGCACGUCAUAUCCGACCGGGCCGCCGGGCAAUACGCUUCACGCCUCAGUUUAAUUCACAAACACUAUUCGUAUAAUCAUCUCCCGAUUACACCCACUAAGUGCUUGAACCAUCGAUGUAUUGCAACCCGGUUAUUUCAAUUACCAAUGGAGAUCCGUGCUACUUAAUUUCCGUUGAUAAUCGACUCUGCAUCUAGAGCCGUAAAUUUAUAUUUCCGGAUGACAUUUUCACCAAUUAGCAUGAUUUCACAAUUUUAUCGGUUAUACCAGUGACCCUCUCGUACCGACGAAUUACCGUCAAUUCAUUACGUGGAAAAUUCAUCCGUACUGUUUGAAUUACUAUUAUUAUUAUUAUUAUUAUUAUUAUCAACGAAUCAAGGGUCUACAAAAUGAGGCCUACUAUAUAAUUCCUCAUCAUUUGGCCUAUUGACGAACGAAUGAUAAUGAAACUCUUUGUGUAACACAAUUGUUUGAAUAAUUUCGCUUUCUCGAAAACGUAACUUGCAACGAAUUUACAGAAUUUAACGAAAGAAAGAUCAUAAAAUAAUACAUCGAAUAAUUUCAUCUGGUUAUUUUUAAAUGUUUUCAGGGGCUAUUGGCAGAAAAAUUUCAAAAGUGAGAUGAACAGAUCCAAGUCAAAUCAAUAGAUUAACCAAGUUCGUGCUGGGAAUUUUCAUUUCAUUGUUUAAAAAAUGGAAAUUAGAGAAUAAAAUGUGAAAAGAGAAAAAUUAAAAAUUAUCCAUUUGGCUUUAGUCAAUUUAAUUCACAAGAAAUAAUUUUCUUGAGUAUUACACUGCGUCUCAUUUCGAAGGGCAUUUAAUGUACUCUGAGUGAAAAAAUUCCCAGCAUCGAUUUCUUGUCGUGGUGAUUUAUCGUGGAUGGGCUCAAAUAAUAAUGAAAAUUUUCUGAAUGAACAAAAACUAGAAUGUAAAUGAAUGACGUGCAAAUCUCAAGGGCUGAAAGUCCUGUACCCCAAGUACUUAACCAAGACGUAACUGUUGUCAAAAGUGCAAUAUAUUGAUAUAAGUUUUUUUUAGCGCAUUAAGGCAUCAUUGUAAUUCCCCAAAUGGAUGGAAUGAGGUAAUGGUUAAUGAUCUAUGGGUUUGUUAGUCAAAACAAGAGCUCGCUCGAGAAAAAUAAACGAGUGAAGGGCAAAACUAGUUUUGCUUACCAUUGGUUUCAAUUCCUAUAAAUAAACCCGCCUCAGAAUAAUCCAUGCCCACUGUAUAUAAAUAUAUUAUAAAUAUAAAUAAAUAUAAAUAAAUAAAUGAAUAUAUAAAUAUAUGAAUUUAUAAAUAAAUGAAAAAUAUAUGUGGUUCAAAAAAACGCGUCAGAGCGGACAGGUUCUCGUGGCUUUGUCGAAGAAAAGUGAAUGAGUAAUUCAAAUCAUCACUGGCCGUAAUGAAAUAUGAAUGAUUGGACCACGGCCUGAUUAUUCUCAACGUUAGACUGGCUACAAAAAUAUUAGGGAGGGCAAGCGAGGAAGAGAGAGAAAGAGAGAGAGAGAGAGACUCGCAAUUCUCCGGUUUUUAUUUUUUUAUAUGUUGCUAAGGCAACUAUAAUACUGUUGACGAAUCGUGAUGAAUGGAAAAGCCUCAUUGAUGUAGAAAUUUAAGACCUCUCCAAAAAGCCCGGUGUAAAAAAUUGAUAAAGACAAAAAACUGUUGAACCAAAUCAUUUUUUUAAAUUUUGUAUGUUACAUUAAUGAGAACGAUGAAAUGGAGAAAUUUCCCGGAGACGUGAAAAUUUAUCGAAUCAUUCAGUGUAUUAAUUCGAUAUCGCGAGAAUUUCAACGUUUUGACGCGAAUUGAUACUAGACUAGACCACGUAAUUUAACGCCCUAUUAUUUAAAUAACUGAAUGACUGGAAAAAAAAAGUGAAAACAAAAAAAAUGGAAAUGAUGACAUGUUCUCAGAGAAUUCAAACAAUGGAAACAGUUUAAAAAUGCAAAUAUUACUUAAUUGAAGAGACAGAUGUCAUUGCGUGAGAAAGGGAAUGAUUAAUAAAAGUUUGAAAAAAUCAGGCAGGAAAUUUUCUACGAACUGUACGAUUGUAUAACCAAUCAGGCGAUAAUUCAUGACGAAACGAUAGAUCUCUGCAUUCGUAGACACUUUCGUGCUCGAUUUUUCAACGAUUACCUUUUCUUGCGAAUUAAAUGUCUCUGCCGCAUGCGUAGUAGUCGGCUAGUGUACUUAACAAAUAAAAUUUCUGAAAAAAAAAUCCACCUUGUGGCUGUACAAUCAUUAACACCCAAUGGUUCAAUA